AUGUUCGCCUGGUACGGCACGGUCAAGGAGCUCAUUCAUCAAGUUCAUGACACGGAUGUCUUAGACAAGUUGUGGAUGACACUGCAGCACCUCGGCAGUCAGCCAGCGGUGGGGGACAUGGGGCCAUCAGCGCAGGAGCAGUAUGACGCGCUGCAAACCCUGCGGUCUUACACGCUGGAACUGGCAGCAUGUCACGCGUGGAAUCACGCGAUCUACACAAUAUGCUUGCCAUACCUGUUCUGUUGCAUUCAUCAUAAAGACCUUGACCAGCGCCGAGUUGGAAUGCAACGCAUCCAAGAGGUUUGGGAAAGCAUCUUGCGCGCCGAGGCUUGGGAAGGGGAUGAAAAGCUGUCCCCUGUAAUCAAAAAGGCGCUCCGUCAGUUGAUGGCUGACUUAGCCUUUCACAAGGCCCAGCUGUCCCGUGAGAUUUAUGAAAGCUGCCGUCGGGAAAACUGGGCUUUCGAUUCAGAGGAGCUGCGUGAAUUCUCCUUCCUGGUAUUUGCUACUCCAGCAAAUACCAAAUUUUAUCUCGAAGAUUGUUUCUCCCAUCUGUCGGACGUCACCAAGCGCUUCGCACGCCACCACAAGCUCACAAAAUGGCUCAAGUAUUUCUACAUGAACACUGUCCCGUCUCACGACGACCUGGAGUGGGACAAGCUCGAGCCAAGCUACCGUGAUUUCCUUGCUGCGAUCAAUCGACGUGCUACAUUGUGCCGGGAAGCUUGUGCAAAGGACCAGGACAUGGCGAGCAACAGCCGGGUGUUCUCGAUGACAGAGAAGUUCACCUUGCCACAGGCCCUGAAUUUCACACCCUCGAACCUGAAGAAGACUGAAAAGAACGCUGGCCCAUUCAGCAAUCAGGUUAUGACGGCGGCCACUGCUUUCCUCAUGAACAUCAGACAGCCCACAGAUGGAAUAGAAAAAGCAUGGGCAGGCAACGCCAAAAAAGCAUAUGCUUUAGGGGCUUUAGGAACUUGA